AAAAAUUUAGUUAAAAUUAAGUAUGUAUUUUAGCCAUUUGAAGCAAUUAAUGUGAACCAUUUUCAAUUUGGGGAAAAAAAACAUUGACAUUAAUAUCCAUUAAUAUCCUACUUGACCUCCAUCGGCGAAAACCCAAUUCCAUCCUCGGUUACCAGCGAAGGAAAGAAAUCGCAAUUCCUAAAUAAAUCUCCCCAAACCCCUUUCCCUUCUCAGCCCCAAACAACCCAAUACCGUCUCCCUCUUUCUCUAAAACCCCAAUCCCUCUCUUUCUCAAUCAAAAGUGCAAAAAAAAAAAACCUAAACGAUGAGCUCCUUCACCAACACCACCAACUUCGACAACCUCCUGCUACAAACCCUAAUGGGAAGACUCCAAAUUGGUCCCCCAAACAAUAACAACAACAACAACAACAACAACCCUUUCCUCACCCAAUCACUCGAAGACCUCCUCCUCGACGCUGCCAGUUUGUCAGACUCUGACUCCGACGAUAGCAGCAAAACCCAACUCGCCAAAGAGGAGUCCAAGCUGGAAAAAGAAAUCAUCCGGAUCAUCCUUUCAGGAAAAAUCGACCCCUUGAAACCCAACUCUGGUCAAGCCGUUACCAUCAACGACCACCAUAUUUGCAUCACUUUUCAACAAGAGGAAGGAUCGGAGUAUCGGGUUUGGGAGUGGCAUGGGCAUAUAAUGCUGUUUGAUGAAGAGAAUGGAUAUACGCCUGAAUACAUUUACGGGAAUUACUUUGAGAGAUUGCAGGGGAAGCAGCUUGUUGCACGUGUCAAGGAAGAGAAAGAAGAGGGGGUGGAGGAAGAUGAGGAGGAAGAGAAAGUGGCGAAUUUGGGAUUGAGGGAGUUGAUUGAUGGAGUUGCUGAUUCGGGUGGGGGUCGGAUUCUUCGUAGGAAUAUCAAUGCCGGUUCUCCAAGGAUCUAGAUUGGAAGUUUACAUUUGCCUUUUGGGUUUCAAAAGGGGAAAGCUAUCAGUCAAUGCCUCAUUCAGUCAAAGAUUGAAGCUUCUGGUUGAGAUCAUGCACGCCACUGAGCUGCCCAAAGGAUUCAUCUGGUUUCUUCUAUGGAUUUGGUAUAUGAAUGUCAAAUACAACAGAAGAAUUUUUCUUUGUAUGAGACCUAAUUUUGUUCAAGCAGUCUUUUUUUUUUUUUUGGGGGGGGGGGGGGGGUUAUGAGUUGAAUGUCAAUAAGCAUCAAUAUGUUACAGUUUGUGCUUGUGAAUGUUUGGCAAUAACAUGGUCUCCUAUUGGUGUC